AUGGAGUUUUUCGAGUAAUUCAACAAGAAGGAAAUUACAGAAGUGCAAUUUGUAGAAUAGUUGUAGACUCUAACCACAAAAAUAUAAAAGAAAAGCACAUUGUCUUUAGAACAAAUUCUUUAAGUAAAUUAAUAAAUAGAUAAAAUCGAUGAUUCAUGUUUCAAUUCUAAUGUUGAAUUAUUCAUUAAAUUCGCCCUCUAUUUAUCAAAUCGAGGAGUCUAUGAGCUUUUGUAUUAGUUGAGUUGGGAUAAGAUCCUAUAUCAAAAGGAUAAUGCAGAUGCAAAUUUAUUAGGAUUAUACAUCAUUAAACGAGUAUACCAUUCUGAAAAUCAUAAAGUCCUCAUUAUCUUUUUAAACGAUAUAUUACGGUAAUAAAAAACAGUUGAAAAGAAGUUUGUACUUCUAGAAAUAUUUGUAUAAAUACUUCCAAAAAUAGAGAAAAGAGAAAUUCAUUUAGCAGUUAUUUUUCCUGUUAUACUAAUGGUAAUCAAUGAAGGAUUACAGAAAUUCUUGAAAUAUAAAUAAUAGCAAAUUCAGAACGAUUUGAACGAAGACAAUAAGUUCACUAAAUUGUACAUGAGCAAUUUUCAAAAUUGGACUGUCUCAUUCUUCAAAAGAAUAUUCGAUUCAAUUAAGAAGUUCCCUGAAAUCAAAGCUUAAUCUGUAGCCAUACGAGAAUUAUAUGGUAUCGAUACCAAAUACGAUUACUUUGAUAAUUAAUUAAGCAGAAAACCUGAAGAUCCAAAGUUAAUCGUGAAACACUACAUUUUGUUAUUCCUAUCAGAUCUUAUCUAGGGAAUCUUGGAAUCUGAGUAAUCUAUGAAGGACUCCCAAUUGGAUCCAGAGAUAAUAUAGACACUACUCAAACAAGCCAAUCAAAUGAUCUACGAGAUUCAUGACAACAAAUUAGAGAUAAUAGAGAACUAUAUAAAUUGGAUCAGGUUUAGCAUUUAAUUUGAUUAAGAAUUGCCACAAUAAUAUUAACAUUAUUCAAGUGAAUAAACAUACAAUCCUGCAUUUGUUUGUUAUUUAACCAGAGAAUUGUUGACUACUACUAGUUUAGAGUCAAUAUUGACUGUGGAUUACAAGUUAAAGAUUCUGAUAGGAGUGCUGUAUGAACAAAAGAAACUAUCAGCUUUGAAAUGUGAUAUACAGACCAAAUUAAUUGAUUUGAUAGUGAAGUACUUGAAUUUAAGAGAUGUUUCAAUUAAAUUGAGGGCAGCUAAUCAUUUUACAACUCCCUUUGAUAUCAUUAUUAUGUUAAUAAUGGAGAAGGCAGGAUCAGGGUUGGCUGAUGAAACACCUUACCUUUCUGCCUGGAAAUAAGCUUAAAGUUCUUUUUUGCCUGAAGUUUGGACAAGGAUACUAGAAUAAUGCAUUAAUAAAUCUCAAAAUUAUGUUUUGCUUUCACAUCUAGUAAAUCAUUUUAGGAGUGCCAUUACAAAGUUAGACAACCAAAUAUUAUUGAAAAUCUAUGAUAUUCUCAUACAAGCAAUUUACAGAAAGGAGAUAGGGAACAUAGAUGCUAAAGUGUUAUUAUUUGAUUCAGCCACGCUUUUAAUUUAAUAGUUGAUUUUGAAAAAGGCUGAUUUAAAAAAGAUAUUUGAUUAGAAGUGGAAACCUUUGUUAAAGAAAUACGAAAAGGAUCUACAAUCAUCGAUAGAUUAUUUAGAAGCAAGAAAGAAGGAAGGGGAUGAAUAAAAGUUAAAGGAUGAUUAGGUAUUUUAGUCAAUUUUGGGAUAGGAGAGGAAUUUAAAAAUUGCUUAUUAUAAUUUGAGUAAGGUAUUGGAGUGA